AUGGACACCGACCCAGCGCCGCACGAGGCAACAGCAGGUGCCGAGCCUUCCAGGGUUCAGCAGCACCUGCUCGGCCGCCCUGCAACCCUGACCAAGUCAAGAUCUCUCUCCGACGGUGGAGGACCGCCGCCCAAGCUCUCCCCGGCGCCGCAUAUUAUCACAUCGAAUCGUCGCACCUCCAAGGACGACCACGACAUUGACACCUUUUCCAACGCCGGCGCUGCAGCCGCCGCCACCACACUGGCAGACCAUCCCUCCACACCAAAGCGGUCAGAUGUUCGUGGCUUGUCGUCUCUGCACAUGCAACAACGACAGCAGCCGCCGCCGCCGCUACGAAUCUCGCGUGACUCUACACCUCCUCCUGCGGCCACUGGGACUUGCGCAUAUGGGAAGCCGGCUCCUCUGUCCCCCAAGCUCGACCACUCCCACAUUUACGCAUCUCCGACCAACAUCCUUCCACGGCGAUCACGAGGCCUCGACUUCUCUCGCGCUGCCACGAGUCUACAUCAUUCCACCCUCGCCGAAUCCUCGCCCGAGUCUUCGCCCACUGUUGGCGGCCGUGGAAUGAACAUACCCGCUAGGAGAAGGGAGUACAGCAUAGGUGCUGAGCAUAGCCUGCAAGCCUCCGCAUCUCUGUGGCCCGUCGCGUCCGGCAAUCAGGAGCGAAUGACGAUAAGCAGCUCCUUGGGUAGCACCCAGGCCAUAGGCACUGACUCGUCGAGCUCCUCCGAGGACGAUGACCUCAUGGACGAGGACACGGAUGAGGCGUAUGCCACCACACCGCAGAUCUCGAGGACGGGUCCCGGAGGAGGGGGCAAUCCGUUUGGGUCGCCGGCCGUGGGUCCUCUCGCCAGCUUUCAGAACCGCCAACGGCCGAGGAAGCAUCCUAGGAAGAAGGUGCGCGGGCCACUCGGCCUUGGCUUCAACAUUAACGCGUCGGCGCUCUCACGUUCACCCCCGGGUAAUUCGUCGCGCGCGCGUCGGGAGAGCAUUAGCUGGCAGGCGAACCAGCUGCACAUUUCGAGCGGUGAUGGCGACGAUAGUGGCAGGAGCGAUGUGGACGGGCCAUCUGGCGAUGUCCAGCCCAAUGUGACGCGAAGGGCUGUUACGCGUCGUGGAAAUCUUUUACCGAAAACCAAGACAUUUGCCCGCAUCCGAGCCGCCUUGCUUGAAGAAGGUGCACCGGCCGAAGCAGAAUUUCGUCGAGAAGCCGAAGUCGUCAAGCAAGUCCGCGAAAGCGAUGUAGAUCGCGAUGCCCGCCCACCGACAAAUACCUUUGACCUGUCGCAGGCUGUCAGCGCGCUAUCGUCGCCCAACAUGGUCAACCAAGACACAAUAGAAGAGCCUGAGGAAGAUUUGAUGCGAGACUUGUCAACAGGCUUGUCCAGUACUUUUAAGCAACAACUUCUGAAGAGCAAGUCCAAGUCAUUUUGGGACACAUUUUCCGAGUGCAGCAGCACUGGAGGUGGUGGGCGCGCUUCUCCGCCGCCGCAGCCAUUCAUACCUCGAGAGCCAUCUUCGGGCAUGAGUGAAGACGCGGCCAUGGAUUCGCCCUCUUUUCCGCUUUUCCCAAACUACCAGCAAUUGUCGCAAGCUCCUGCUAUCGGUCCUCAACCCCCUUCUGCUGCCGAAAUUACGCGCCGCAUUAACAAUAAGCGCCGGCGUGACGACGACCUCGACCCCGUGAGCUUCAAGCGGCGAGCUGUGAGCCCCGGCAUGAGCGCGCACAACUCGCCCAUUGUGCAGAGCCCCCUGCAGCGGGACAAUAUCCAAUGGGGCUCCCGCCCGGGCAGCACCGGCGGUGAUAGAGCCGGCAGCAGCGCGCAGAGCGACUCGGGCAGCAUGGGAGGUACCACAUCGGGCACGCCCAACGCCGGCGGCCGUCUGAACAAUAACAAGGGCAGGGUGGGCUUCCAGGGCAUGGUGGACGCCAACGACGCCAUUAUGCGCAUGAGCAUUGAGUAG